GCACCUUCUUACUUCUCUUUUUCCUUUUGUCCUAUUUAGCUCCACCUUCUCCUCCACCUCCUCCUUUUGUUUUGUAUAACAUCAUGCUUACAUCCCUCUUCUUUUCCCUUCCUAAUUCUUGCUAUUGAUGACUACUUAAUUAGAUCAUUUUAGUCCUUACUUUACACUUUCAUUAACCUCACCAUCUUCAUCCAAGAAAAUCAUGGCCUCCCAAAUUGAUGAAGGGGAAGAGAGGGAUUUGGAGAAGGGACAACAAUUAAACCAAUACUCAUUUGCUGAACCAUCUCCAACACCAUCACCAACCUCAACAUCAUCAGCUCCAGCUUUGGUUUUAUCCAAUUCUGGUAAGAGGAUUGAUCAGGCAGGAAAAAAGAAGUAUGUAAAACAAGUGACGGGGCGUCACAACGAUACCGAGCUUCAUCUGGCAGCUCAGCAGGGUGAUUUGGCUGGUGUGAAGCAGAUUUUGAAUGAUAUUAAUUCACAGCUUGUGGGGACUUUAAGUGGGGAGGAUUUCGACGCGGAAGUUGCGGAAAUAAGAGCUUCUGUUGUAAAUGAGGUGAAUGAAUUGGGAGAGACUGCGGUUUUUACCGCUGCGGAUAAAGGGCAUCUUGAAGUGGUGAAGGAGUUGUUGAAGUACUCGAGUAAAGAGUGUCUUACGAGGAAGAAUAGAUCGGGGUUUGAUCCUUUGCACAUUGCCGCUAUGCAAGGGCAUUAUGGCAUUGUCCAAGUGUUGCUGGAUCAUGAUCCGAGCCUGAGCCGAACAUACGGUCCAUCAAAUGCAACGCCUCUUAUUUCUGCGGCUACAAGAGGGCAUACUGCAGUGGUAAAUGAAUUAUUGUCAAAAGACAGUGGCUUACUGGAGAUUUCUAGAUCCAAUGGAAAAAAUGCACUGCAUUUAGCUGCCAGACAAGGGCAUGUAGAUGUUGUAGAAGCAUUACUCAGUAGGGAUCCACAGUUGGCGCGAAGGACUGACAAAAAGGGACAAACAGCAUUGCAUAUGGCGGUAAAAGGGCAGAGCUGUGAGGUAGUUAAACUGCUUCUCGAGGCAGAUGCUGCUAUUGUGAUGCUUCCGGACAAAUUUGGUUACACGGCGUUACAUGUAGCAACUAGAAAGAAGCGGGUGGAGAUAGUGAAGGAGUUAUUAUCACUUCCCGACACAAACGUCAACGCACUGACUAGAGAACAUAAAACAGCUCUUGACAUCGCAGAAGGGCUUACCCUCUCUGAAGAGUCGUCGGAGAUUAAGGAGUGCCUUUACCGAUGUGGUGCUGUUAGAGCUAAUGAUCUCAACCAGCCGAGGGAUGAGUUGAGGAAAACUGUAACUCAAAUUAAAAAAGAUGUUCACACACAGCUUGAACAAACUAGAAAGACUCACAAGAAUGUCCAUAAUAUUUCUAAAGAGCUGAGGAAACUACACCGCGAAGGGAUCAAUAACGCGACCAACUCUGUGACAGUGGUGGCAGUUCUAUUUGCAACGGUUGCUUUUGCAGCCAUCUUCACUGUACCUGGCGGAGAUAAUGAUCAGGGAAUUGCAGUGGUGGUUGGCCAUGCAUCUUUCAAAAUUUUCUUCAUAUUUAAUGCUAUUGCCUUAUUUACAUCGUUGGCUGUUGUGGUGGUUCAAAUUACACUUGUUAGAGGUGAAACAAAAGCGGAAAGACGAGUGGUGGAGGUGAUCAACAAACUAAUGUGGUUGGCUUCUGUGUGUACUUCGGUAGCAUUUAUAGCCUCAUCGUACAUAGUAGUUGGUCGAAGACAUAGGUGGGCUGCCGUUUUGGUUACAGUUGUCGGGGGAGUGAUCAUGGCCGGGGUGCUCGGCACAAUGACAUAUUAUGUGGUGAAGUCGAAGAGAACUCGAUCAAUGAGGAAGCGGGAAAAGACGCGAACAAGUGGAAGGAGCGGAUCGAACUCUCGGUCAUGGCCGCAUUCCGAUAACUCCAAUUCAGAAGUUGAUCGAAUCUACGCACUUUAGUGUGUGAAACCAAUGACUUCUUUUUGGCAACCUUAAUAUUGUAAAUUUAAAACAAUGAAUGAUUCGAGGCAAAUGAAGGUCUUUAGCUUAAAUA